UUUUUGAUCGAUUUGGGGAAAACUCCCAACAGAUUGUUCUCUUUCUUACCGAUUGUUUCUUCCUCUAAAUUAUUUUGUUCUUUCUUCUUUUCUAGUUUUCUCUUUCUUAAAUCGAUCGCCAGAGUGUUUAUUCGUUGCUCACGAUUUGCUGCGGCAUACCAAAAUAGCUGAAGCGGAUUUCCAUGGAUCCUAAUCUCAUGAAAUUCCUCGAGGAAGACGAGGAUGAAACAUUGCAUUCUGGGGCAGACGUGGAGGCAUUCACGGCUGAAUUGAAUAGAGACAUUGAAGGCAAUAAUUCUACAUCGCACCAGCUCUCCGAUUCCAACACUGCAGCUUUGUCUCAUGGAAGCAGUCAAAACGCAACUCAGUUUCUUCCUCAUUGGCAAACUUCAGGCCACGAGGGGAUCGUUAAUUUUCAAAGUGUGCAAGAUAUCAGGCCUAUUAAGGACAAAGAGCAGCAUCUACAGCAAAACGUAACAGACCCUGAGAACAGAAAAGAGGACAACUUCUCGUCUCAGAAGAUUAAUCCUCUGCCACAUGCCCCAUCGUUAGAUGCUGGUCCACAAUCUCAACCCGACCAGAGCGCUUUCCCUGUCUCACAACCUAUGGAUAUACAAUCAUCUGGCGAACAAACCAUCCAUAUCCAAGAGCCAGAUCAUAAACCAAAUCAAGAAAGAGAUUCACAGACGCACAACUUUCAGAAUAUCAGUAAUCAUUCGUCUAUGGAAUUCAACGGUCAACAAUCUUUGUCGAUAGGGAAAGGAACAAGUAUGGGAGUAACUAAUGAACAGGUCUUAUCAAAUGUAAUUCAACAUACUACAGGAAUGGGGAUGAGUGGGCAACAGGCGAUGACAUCGGAGAUGAGUAAUCAACAGUCAACUACAAGUAGCAGUAGUCAACAGCCAGGUGGCAAUUUGAAAUUGAACAAACAAGUGCCCUUUGGUAUGUUGCUUCCUAUCAUACAACCCCAACUUGACAAGGACAGAGCCAUGCAACUUCAAACUCUUUACUAUAGACUGAAGAAAAAUGAGAUCUCGAAAGAUGGUUUUGUCCGGCACAUGAGAAGUAUUGUUGGGGACCAGAUGUUGAAAAUGGCUGUAUUCAAACUGCAGACUCAGGCUAAUAGGAACGCACAGACUGCCUCCAAUCAGUUUCAGUCACAGCCGCAGAUCUCUGCACGGCAAAUGCAAGUCGCAUCAAGUGCACAAAUGGCAACGGAUUUAAGCAGUUCCACGGGCGACAGUAAUACAGCAAAAUCACGUGAGGUGGAAAGUCAAGCAGAGUCACAAGGGGGACAAGCAAGCCAAAUGUCGAGUUCUGGUUCAGGAGCUUUAAUUCAGGAGAGGAAGCAUCCUUCAUUUCCAACACACGGACUUAAUAACCAACAGCACAUGCAUUUCCCACAGACAUCUUUUCCGUCUUAUGGAAGUGGUGGGACCGGUUAUUCACCUUUCUCUGCGACUAAUGCUGCAUCGUCAACACCUCUGCGACCACAGGCUCAAGCUCAUCAGAACAGUGCUGUUAAUCACAUGGGACCCACACCCCGAGCCAUGAAUAUGACAAAUAUGCCUAAAUUUGACAGGCCUCAUUCUCUUAGUGAUCAUAAGAAAAUGCAACCUGGAAGUAUGGCUCAUAUGAAUAGCAGCAACAACGCACUGCAGCAGAAUCAGGUGCAGUGGCCAGCAUCCGCCAGCAAAGAACAGAAAAGUGGCGCUGCAUCCUCGAUGAGUCAUGUAAAGCAGGAACCAGUUGACCAGCCAAACGAACAACAACAUAGAGCCCAGUUGUCUUCCUCGCAUGGAUUAUCUUCUUUAUCUCCUGCACUGAAUAAACAGGGCAGUGUUGUUGCUCCAGGGAAUUUCAAGGAUGAAUCUUUCGAAAUGCACUUAUCUCGAACAGGAUUCGCACCACCUACAAGCGCGGUGCCGACGAAUUCAGUUCCCUCUUCAAUUCCAAGCCCAAUGGAAACCAACACUCAGUCAGUUUCUCGGAUGCCGUCUCUAACUAAUCCUAUUGGGCCUGGAAAUACCAAGGCUCCCCCAAAAAAGCCUUUGAUUGGACAGAAGAAACCAAUGGAAGCACCUGGUUCUUCACCUCCAUCAAGUAAGAAGCAAAAAGUGUCUGGUGGCUUUUUGGAUCAAAGCAUCGAACAUCUAAAUGAUGUUACUGCAGUUAGCGGAGUUAAUCUCAGGGAGGAAGAGGAACAACUCUUUUCUGCCGCCAAGGAAGACAGCCGGGUUUCAGAGGCAUCUAGACGCGUUGUUCAAGAAGAAGAGGAAAGGCUGAUCUUGAAUAAGACUCCACUUCAGAAGAAAAUGGUGGAACUAAUGGCUAAAAAAGGUUUAAAGAAUAUGAGCAGCGACGUGGAGCGAUGCCUGUCCUUGUGCGUGGAAGAGAGACUGCGUGGAAUCAUAUUUAAUGUCGUCAGACUUUCAAAACAGCGAGUUGACAUAGAGAAGCCAAGGCACAAAACUAUCAUCACCUCAGAUGUCAGGCAACAGAUCAUGACAAUAAACCGUAAAGCUCGCGAAGAAUGGGAGAAAAAGCAAGCCGAAACCGAAAAAUCACAAAAAGCAAAUGAAGCUGAUGGUACAGCUGGCCUUGACGGGGACAAGGACAAGGACGAAAGUCGUGGAAAAUCAACAAAGGCUAACAAGGAAGAAGAUGAUAAAAUGCGAACGACAGCUGCAAACGUUGCUGUACGAGCUGCUACUGGAGUGGGCGACAUGCUUUCAAGAUGGCAACUUAUGAUUGAGGCAAAGCAGAAACAGGGUGGACCAGAUUCAUCAUCUGUGAACCAGCCUGCCAAAGACGUAACACGAAAGGCUUCAGUAACCUCUACAAGAAACACGAGGGAGAAUCAAGAAUCAGAAAAGAGGGAUUCUUCGGCUGCUUUGACCACCUCCGGGUCGGUGAGAAAAGUGGGAAGGAAUCAAGUAGUCGUACCACGAGUGGCUCGGAGCAUAUCGGUUAAAGAUGUGAUUACGGUAUUAGAAAGGGAGCCUCAAAUGUCGAAAUCCACACUGCUAUACCGGUUGCAUAACAAGGUCAGUCCUGAUGCCGGCGGCGAAUGAUCCAAUCGGCAUAUUCUCUCGUAGAUUCCGUUUUCUAUAAUUUAUGGGUUGAAUCCUUGUAUGGUGGUAUGUUAGGAUAGAAGAUAGAGCAGAUAAUAAUAUUUAUUUUUGUGAUGUUUUUGCUUCAACAUCAAACAUGGACUUGCUUGUUUCACGUUUUAAUAAGUUAUAUAAUAAAUUAAUAAUUAACGA